AUGGGCCAAGUACCUGUAACUCCCCUUCUUCCCCCCCCCUCCCCCUCCUUAACCAAACAAAAAACUAAUCAACUCAAGUCAACUCAAAAGUCAAAGUCACAACAGAAAUAUUCCCUCUUCUCCGCAUGUCGAAGACUCUUUGCAGAAUUAGGUUGUUUACCUACAAGACGAGAUCCUGAUCCUCUUGAUGAAUGUUCAAACGAUACCGUCUCUACGGGAUACUCGUUAUCGAUUUGUCCUAUGUCUUCGAUAUCGAUUUUAGAUGUGGGAGGGGUAGGAAACCCUUCUCUUCAAAGUAUAACCGAGACAGGAAAUGCAGUUCCCAUAACUUCGAUUCCAGAUAUAACCGAGAUCAAAGAUGCAGCUCCUACCGAAAACAACAACACCAAUACUUUGAACGAGACAAGUCGAGCAGAAGGCGAAACCAACCCGCGUGAAGAUCUCAGCCUUGCUCAGCCAUCGAGAUUGAUCGAACGGAGAGAUGUUCAGCUUGAAGCCCCGAAUGAUAGUAGCGUGUCUAUCACUUCACAGGCAUUACCUCCGUUGCCCCUAGUAAACUUCACUUGUAGUUUUCCUACCACGAUUCCCCCGACAGUUCCCCAUCCAGUUUUCACGACGGUUCCCACUAUAUUUCCCACUACGGUUCCAACCACAGCGGAUACUCUAGUGAACACCACAGUGAACACGGAAGUUCCUACCGAAGUUCUCAGUGCAGUUGCCAAUACAGUUGCCAAUACAGUUCCAAUUACAGUGGAUACUAUAGUUUCCACUACAGCAGAAAAUACAGUGGACACUACACUGGACGAAUCCGACCUUCCACCAGCCGACGACAAGCAGCCUUUUCUUUCCAUUAUAGUGGAAACUACUAUAGUAGAUGUAUCCGAUCUUUCGCUGGAUGAUGAAAAGUCUCUUCCCAUUACAGUGGAAACUACUACAGUGGAUGAAUCCAACCCUUCAACAGCUGACGAUAAGCAACAUUUUCUUCUCAUGAAAAUGGAAGCUACUACAGUAGAAACUACACUGGACACUAGAGUAGACGAAUCCAAUCUCUCACCAACCGAAGAAGAGCAACCAUCUUUCCCCUACACAACAUAUAACUUUACAAACUCCGGCUUAGUGGUAUCUGAAAUCAGUGGGACUGACGUGGAGGAGCAAUAUCAUAACACCAUGGAAAUCAUCGGCGAAGCUUGUGGCAAAUGCCCAAAGUGUACGAGUGACAAUCGUGCUCAGGAUUUGAUUGAUACGAUCAUUGAGUUACAGUUCCCGGACUUGGAUAGCGCCCUAUUUCGUGAUGGGAUUCUGAGUGAAUUCGGAUUCGACACUUACUGGAAUGAGCUCAUGGUGACCAAGCUCGAGUUCAGGGAGAGGCAUAAGAAGUAUGAAAAUUGGUACGCAAAGGUAUGGGAAGAUAUUGAAGCGAAUAACGAACUGCCACUUAUUUCGAAAAAUAUUGAAAAAGAGUUUGCUCAAUCUCAAGAAUUUAGACGGAUCUUGGCAGGUAAACAACACCCGAAAUCUGAAUGGCAAAAGAUGAAAUUACUCCUUUUCGUAAUAAGAAUGCGGAGAAUUCGAAGGAAGCUGAAGGACCGCCCUCAGACGCAAGGAAAACAAGAAAUGCAGACGACAGAGACCACUGCAAAAAAGAACCGCAAGACUAGAGACCAGGAGAAGAGGAGGAAACUUAGGGACCAAGAAGAUAAGGUAGCGGCCAAAUUACUGCAUGAUAUACCUAAAGUGUUAAAAAUGGUGACGGUAGAAAAAAUGGUAAGGAAUGGUAUGAUGGCACUGGGAAAGAGCACGCCUUUUGCAAAAGUUUGCCCUCCUGGAGAAAUUUCUCCGGUGUGGGAAGGGGGAACAGUAUUACUACCAUUCAUCAACAUUCAGCUAUUUGUUUCAUUGAUGAACUUGAGCUAG